AUGGCUACACAAUCGCCAUGGCGAUGUCACUUCAGCUGCUCCCCAACACCUUGCCUCCAUUCCUCCCCGGGCUUCCUUCUCUAUUACACGAAACGGCGUCCUACUGUACCGUGGGCUUCCAGUUUCAAAUCUAAAUCAUCAUCACCAUCAUCUUCUUCUUCUUCAUAUUCCUGUGCUGCUAAUACUUUUUCAAGUAAUGUUGAAAAGAGAUUGAGAAGGAAGUCAGUGGGAUCAAUUACUGUUGGUAAUGAUUCGGACGAUAAUGAAGUUACUGAUUCUUCCCUGAAUGGAAAUGACAGUUUAAUUAACGGCAAAUUUUCGACAUUCAAAUCGUUGUUUGGGAAGCGAGCUCUGUGGCGAAGAAUAUUGUUCGCCUCGCGGAAAGUGAGGAGCAUAAUUUUGCUCAAUGUCAUAACAAUUAUCUAUGCAAGUAACAUCCCAGUUGUCAAAGAAGUGGAAGCUAUUACGGAUCCCAAGGCCUUCACAGUUGUUCGAUUUUGUGUAGCUGCCAUUCCAUUUAUACCCUUCGUGGUCCAGGCCAAGGUCGACGCCCGUACUCGUAAUGCAGGGAUAGAGUUGGGAUUUUGGGUCAGCUUAGGAUACAUAUUGCAAGCCCUCGGGCUCCUCACAUCCGAUGCCGGGCGGGCAUCCUUCCUUUCCAUGUUCACUGUAAUUGUUGUGCCCUUGAUUGAUGGCUUGCUCGGGUCUGCAGUCCCUACCCGUACCUGGUUUGGAGCUCUUAUGUCCAUUGUUGGGGUUGCUAUGUUGGAGUCCAGUGGGUCACCUCCGUGUAUUGGGGACUUGUUGAACUUUCUAAGUGCAGUGUCCUUUGGGAUUCAUAUGCUGAGAACUGAACAUAUUUCUAGAAGUACAAAAAGCGAAAAUUUCUUACCGCUCCUCGGAUAUGAGGUUUGUGUUGUUGCCCUUCUAUCAACUGCUUGGUACUUUAUGGAAGGCUGGUUUGGUGGUCAUAUCCAAGAAUCUGAUCCGUUUUCUUGGACAUUUGCAACGGUCUUGAACUCGAUUUCUUCAUUUCCUUGGGUACCUGCACUUUAUACUGGGAUUUUCUCAACGGGCUUGUGCUUAUGGGUAGAGAUGACGGCGAUGUGUGAUAUAUCCGCCACAGAAACUGCAAUAAUCUAUGGGUUGGAACCAGUAUGGGGUGCUGGAUUUGCUUGGGUUUUACUGGGUGAGAGGUGGGGUCUCAGUGGAUGGAUUGGAGCUGCUCUCGUGCUUGGUGGAAGUUUGACAGUGCAGAUAAUGGGAGCAAGGAAGAAACUCCGCAACAACCCCACUAUCGAAACCGAGGGUUCCCACCCAAGGAGAGCAGAUUGUGCCAGGAACCGAGACCUGAAACUGCAACAAAGCCUAACAAGAUCCCGUACUCCAGCCACUAGACUCUUCCAAGUAGACACCCCACUAACCAGUCAAGGGAGGUCAGCCCAAGAACCACUCCACCACUCCGAACCGCAGCCCAAAACCAACCGUUUACCAAAGUCCUCGACCAUAACCGUCAGCACAGCCGCCUUCCAGCCAUCGGAACGCCCGAAAUUCAUUCAGCAACGCCACUGCCUUGCCACGACUAACACCACUAGCUGGACGACCAAAACUCCAACCUCCCCUGACCCAACACCAGAGUACAGGGGAGAAAAGGGACAGAACCGAGGCACAACUCCAGCCACCACCACAAAAUCGUAG